GAGUCAGCUGGGCAGGGGACCGCGGGCUUUAGGGUCGGUGGGUCGUCGCUGUCGGAGGUGUGCCCCGGGUCUGCCUCGCCGUCGCUGCCGCCCCGUCCCUGCAUCUCCGCCCCCCGCCUUGGUCCCAGCACAGCCGCUCCCCCCGCCCGCCUCCCCUUAAUCACCCCCCGGUUUCUGCCGUCGGGGCUCCGGGGCUGGGCGAACGAUGCUGUCAGAGAGCGGAGCUGAGAGCCGAGACGGGGCGGCUGCGCAGGUGGGGACGGCUACGGCCUCAGCGGUGGCUACGGCCGCCCCGGCUGGCGGCGGCCCCGACCCAGAGACCUCUUCGGCCUCGGCCUCCCCCGGCCGGCACCUGAGCAGGCUGAGUUGGCCACAGGUGAAGCGGCUGGACGCACUCCUGAGCGAGCCGAUUCCCAUUCACGGGCGCGGUAACUUCCCCACGCUGAGCGUGCAGCCCCGGCAGAUCGUGCAGGUGGUCCGCAGCAGCCUGGAGGAGCAGGGACUUCGAGUGCACAGUGUGCGACUCCACGGCUCCGCUGCCAGCCACGUCCUGCACCCUGAGAGCGGCCUGGGUUACAAGGACCUGGACCUGGUGUUCCGGGUGGACCUGCGCAGCGAGGCGUCCUUCCAGCUGACCAAGGCCGUGGUGCUGGCCUGUCUGCUAGACUUCCUGCCCGCUGGCGUGAGCCGGGCCAAGAUCACGCCCGUGACCCUCAAGGAGGCGUACGUGCAGAAGCUGGUCAAGGUGUGCACGGACACAGACCGCUGGAGCCUCAUCUCGCUGUCCAACAAGAGCGGCAAGAACGUGGAACUCAAGUUCGUGGACUCCGUGAGGCGCCAGUUCGAGUUCAGCGUGGACUCCUUCCAGAUCGUCCUGGACUCGCUGCUGCUCUUUGGCCAGUGCUCGUCCACGCCCAUGUCCGAGGCCUUCCACCCAACGGUGACGGGCGAGAGCCUGUACGGAGACUUCGCCGAAGCCCUGGAGCACCUGCGGCACCGCGUCAUCGCCACGCGCAGCCCGGAGGAGAUCCGCGGCGGCGGCCUGCUCAAGUACUGCCACCUGCUGGUGCGCGGCUUCCGGCCGCGGCCGCGGUCCGACGUGCGCGCACUGCAGCGCUACAUGUGCUCGAGGUUCUUCAUCGACUUCCCGGACCUGGCCGAGCAGCAGCGCACGCUGGAGCGCUAUCUGGAGGCCCACUUCGGCGGCGCCGACGCCCCGCGCCGCUACGCCUGCCUUGUGACGCUGCAUCGGGUGGUCAACGAGAGCACCGUGUGCCUCAUGAACCACGAGCGCCGCCAGACGCUGGACCUGAUCGCUGCGCUGGCGCUGCAGGCGCUGGCAGAGCAGGGCCCCGCCGCCGCCGCUGCGCUGGCCUGGCGCCCUCCAGGCCCCGACGGGCUCGUGCCGGCCACCGUCAAUUACUACGUCACUCCCGUGCAGCCUCUGCUGGCUCGGGCACACGCCUAUCCAACCUGGCUGCCUUGUAACUGACUCGGACCCCGGGUAAAAGAGGCUGGGCCUCCCGGGGUGGCAUGGGACCCCCAGGAGUGGGUGAAGGUCAGGACUGGGGACAGGCAGCCCGUGCCGGCCGGCCCAGCCCUGCUGCAGGGGCGGGCCUGCAGUUGAACAGGCGCCCUCCCCAGGCAUGGCCUCCAGGGGCUUAAGGCCACGCGGGGGGGCUCCCAGCAGCAGACAGACCCUUUUGGUGAGUGCCCCCUGCUUCUGGACCAGCAUGAUGGUGGGCUGCAGGGGCUGUUCGCUUUCAGAACCGGUCGGCUUCAGGAGAUGAAGCAAGUCUGAGCGGUAGCCUCAAGGCCCAGCACCUCGGGUGGAUCUCCCUGGCCUUGAGAGGGUCUUUUGGACAAGAGCAGCGUCCCAGGGCCUGUAGCCCACUCCCCACCCACCCCCGGGGAUGUAUGGGGACUGCUCACUUUUGGGGGGGGUGGUCGGGCCACUAACCCUGUGGUCCAACCUGGCUAAUCACUGGAGAGGGAAACUGAGGCAUCAGUCACACACACGGGUUUGGGGAGGGAUGGGUAUAGCCCAGACUCCUGAAAUCCAUACCCCAAGCUGUGAAGACCUCCUAAGGGGUGGAGUGAGCCAUGGGCAGGCGCCAGGCGGCCCAGGGUGGGAGGCAGCCCGCGCCCCUCCCAGUGUGCGGCUCCUUCCCUCUUGCACGGUGAGGAGCCCGCCUGCCUGAGAGCUUGUUCUCUGGGAGGUGCUGGGACCACAGUCGAGUGCUCCUGCCCCCCACCCCCGCGGCCCCGGCUUGGUUAUGGGGCUCUCACAUGGGGGAGGGACCCCUCCUUUUCCACCCCCCGGGUUUGUUGUUUUACACUCCUAGCACAUGCCAAUAAAGAUUGUCUGCACUGA